AUGGCCUUUCCGAACGGCUUCGGCUACAAGGGCUCCACUUUCCACCGCAUCAUCAAGAACUUCAUGAUUCAGGGUGGUGACUUCACCCGCGGCAACGUGAGCAUUCCCAUGAUGGCCGAUGAUUUCGGAAGUGGAGCUAACUUGACUCAGGGCACCGGCGGCAAGUCUAUCUACGGCGAGAAGUUCGCGGAUGAGAACUUCCAAUUGAGGCACAACCGCCCCGGAUUGCUCUCUAUGGCCAACGCCGGCCCGAACACGUAA